AUGUACGAACGUAAAGAGAAAAAAGAGAAAGUGGCGUAGAAAUGACUCGAACUAUUCGCUUUCUUCUCUCUCUCUCUCUCUUGUUUGGUGAUGGAAUGAGAUAGCUUAUUUCUUCCCCCUUCCUUUCUCCGUUCUCCCCGUCAUUCCCUCGAAUUCUUCGCUUCUUCCCCCAUGUCUUCCUCUUAAACCCUAACUCCCUCCAUUGCUAACCUUUCUCUUGUUCUUUCAUACAUCCUCUACUCUCUCCCCUUCAAUUUUUGAAGCGGAUUUACGAAUACGCUCUCUGGGUAUAGUUCGAUCUUCCCCUUCUGACUUCUUGUGGAUCUAGAUUUCCGUGAACUUUGAAGCUGGUUUGGAAGCUUUCUAUUAUUGUUGUAAUUAAAUUUUCUAACUAAGAAACAAUAUCAUUGAUCUAUGAAAUUUACAAGAGAAAUGAACAAUCCAUGUUUGAUGAUUACAAAAGAUUGAAACUCAAAAUGGCAAAAGGGAGCAAGGUACGGCGCAGGUUGGCUUCCCGUCAAUUCAGGUCAAACCCGUAUCCACUCCCUUAUAAGAGGGUUUUCCCAGAGGAUCUGUGCCCAAAGGAUUGUGUCAGCGCUGUGGAUAAGAAGUACUGGGAAGAUGCAACAUGCUCGGUAUGCAUGGAGUACCCACACAAUGCUGUUCUGUUACUUUGUUCAUCUCAUGAUAAGGGUUGUCGUCCCUAUAUGUGUGGUACUAGCCUACGUUAUUCAAACUGCCUUGACCAGUACAAAAAGGCUUACACCAAAGUAAUUUCAUCCAACAAUGUGCGACCAGUAAGCGCCUCGAUCGACAACUCAGCUGUUGUACAGGAUCCAAGUUUGCUGGGUGAAAAUCAUGAAGUGACUGAGCUUGCUUGCCCCCUCUGUCGUGGACAGGUGAAAGGAUGGACUGUGGUUGAGCCUGCCCGAGAAUUUCUGAAUGCCAAAAAGAGGACCUGUAUGCAGGAUAGCUGCACGUUUGUAGGAAAUUACAAGGAACUAAGGAAGCACGUGAGAUCGGAGCAUCCAUCUGCAAGGCCUCGGGAGGUGGAUCCUGUGCUUGAACAAAAAUGGAGAAGACUGGAGCGGGAACGCGAGAGGAACGAUGUGAUGAGCACAAUCAGGUCGACAAUGCCUGGAGCUGUGGUCUUUGGGGAUUAUGUGAUUGAAGGAAAUAAUUUUGGAUUUGAUUCUGACGAAGAGGAAGGAGGGUUGAAUGCUAAUGCUGCAGAAAGGAAUGGGGGAUUUGAAGUGGGAUUUGAUAGUAAUUUGGUGAAUAUGUUUCUUCUGUUACAUGCUUUUGGCCCAUCGAGUGAUGACCUCAACCGACGGAUUAGACAGCCGGAGAGGAUUUUCUCUCCCAGAUCAAACGAAGGCACUACAGGUAUUCCCAACGCCACUCCACUCAGUAGUUUUGAUUCCAUUAAUGAAGACAGUGGUAAUGGUGGAAGUGACGAUGACAAUGGGGGAGGUAUGUCAUUGGUUAGCCGCCUUCGCCAUCACGGAAGGGUACUGUUGGGACGUUCGGGUAGGAGACAUAGGAAUAGAGAAACUAGUAGCAAUAGAUGAUCAAAUUGGGCUCAAAAACAGAAAGGAGGGGUAGGAAUAGGAAACAUUUCUCAGGUACAUAGCUUAAGAAAAAGAAAACGUAGAAGAAAAUUUAAAUAAGGGAAUACGACUUGUGGAAUUUGCAGCAAAAUUUGUCACAUUUGCCCCAUCUGAAAGGGGAGAUGGAAAAGUUGGCAGGUUAGCCUGUCGUGUAAUUUAUUGUUAAUUGUAUAAUUUCCUGAUUGCCUUAUCCUCCUCUUGAUGAUACGUCAUUUUGUUGAAAUUUACUUGUAAUCAUCUGAAAUUAAUGUAUCUUCUAGACAUUUGUUCUUGACAAAGUCAUUCCACAAAUGACACCAAUUUGUUUACAAAUUUGCUCA